AUGGUUAAAGCUUUAAUUGUUAGUUCAUUAGUAUAUACUGCCAAUGCUGGUGUAGUAUAUGGUAUUUGGAAUAUUGAUGCCAAUACUGCCGGUGCUGGUUUAUUCGAUUUAGCUAGCUACCAACCAACUACUAGAUACCAAUUAGCAGGAUACCAACAUUUUAACACUUCUAACCAAUAUUCAACUUUUAAUGAAGUAACUAGAGAAGUCUCAUUCUUUGUUAGAUCAUUAACUGAUGGCUAUAAUUAUUUAUAUGGUUUAAAUGUCGAUACUUUUACUGGUACCCCAACAAAUAUUCGUUUUGAUCCAAGUAAAUUUGCUGUUCUUUCAUUAGAAUCAUCACAAACUUCUAAUACAAAUGAUUUAUUCCUUGUCAUGGCCACUCAAAGCACAUCUGCUACCAAUAGCUUCAUUAUUACUAAAAUCAAUUCACAAACUGGUCUUUACACCAUCUACGAUACCAUCCAAAACUACAACUUUGCCUCAGCCGCCUAUGACUCUAGAAAUGGUGUUUUCGUUGUUAUUAUGACCAACACUACCAACUAUGUUGUUAACACCUAUAGUGUUAAUGGUGUAUUUACUGGCUCAAAUAUCUAUACCAUUGGUAAUGUUAAUAGCAAUUACAAACCAACCAGUUUACCAUACAAUUUAGUAUAUCUCUCUGACUUUUCCGCAUUCUAUAUGAACAUCGAUCUCAACGGUAGACCAGAAGUAUUCCAAUUAUAUGCUCCAAACAAACAACUCUACAACAGAGCUUGGUAUCAAAAUAUCCCAUGGACUGUUGCACAAGCAAAUGGUAUCGGUCAAUCAUUCAAACAAAUCUAUUCAAAUACCAAAGUUUAUUCAGGCAAUCAAUACCAACAAUACAGCGUAAAUAAAUUUAAUGGCGCCCAAUGGACUUAUUCUAAACUUACUUUCUUACAAAUGAUCAACUUCUGGGGUGUAACUACACAAACAGAAGCUAACUAA